AUGGGAGGGGAGGCUGUGAGUGUGCGCGUGGUGUGUCGAAUCAGACCCAUCAACAAAAAUGAGGAGAAAAAGGGGGAGAAAAGUGUCGUCAUUUUCAAAGGUGAGAAUGGAGUGACAACCGAGGCGCACUCGAAGAAGUGUUUCAACUUCGAUGCAGUGCUGCAGCCAGAAGUGACCCAGGAGGAGGUGUUUGAGGAGGGCAUGAGACCCAUCAUUGAACACGUGCUCAAAGGCUACAAUGCAACUGUGUUUGCUUACGGACAGACUGCUUCUGGAAAGACAUUCACCAUGGAGGGGGCUCUCAGUGACGAAAAGGGAAAAGGAGUGAUUCCUCGGAUGGUGGAGGCCCUGUUCAAGUGUGUGGAGGGAAACAAUGACGCGAAGCUGACCAUCCACCUGUCCUAUUUCGAGAUCUACAAUGAGAAACUGCAGGACCUACUCAAACCAGAGAGCGACAACCUACCCGUACACGAGAAAAACGGAGCCCCAUAUGUUAAAGGUCUGCACGAGGAAGCCCUGAAGACACCCAAAGAGGUGAUGAAGUGGAUUGAGAAGGGAAAGAAGAGCAGACAUAUUGGGAAGACCAACAUGAACGAACACUCCUCAAGGUCACACAGUGUAGUACAACUCAAGGUCGAACAGUCUACAAUGAAAGGAAAGAGUUCAAGUCUGCUUUUCUUGGUGGACCUAGCGGGCUCAGAGAAAGUGGCCAAAACAGGUGCCACUGGGCAAACCCUAAAUGAAGCCAAGAACAUCAACAAAUCCCUCUCCUGCCUGGGAAAUGUGAUCAACGCUCUCACGGAUAAAAAGAAGGCCCAUGUUCCUUACAGAGACAGCAAGUUGACACGUAUCUUGCAGGAGAGCCUCGGAGGAAAUGCACGAACUACAAUGGUCAUCUGCUGUUCGCCCGCCAAAAUGAACGAGGCCGAAACUCAAUCCACCCUAAUGUUCGGCCAGCGAGUGAAGACAAUUAAAAACAAUGUGAAGGCCAACACUGAGAAGUCCAGUGAGUACUGGAUGAAGAUGUACAACAAUGAGUGCAAUAAAGGAGCCAAAAUCAAAGUUCUCGUUUUGAAGUUGAUCAAAGAAGCCAAAGAACAUAGAAAGGGUGGCAAGCCGAAGCCUGAAGUGGAUCUUGAUGAGUUAAAGAAACUGUUGGAGGACUUCGGGAAAGGAGAUGCGGAUGCGAAAAUCGAGAAGAUGGGGGAUGACGGCGGAGGAGGGGGAGGGGGAGCCAACGUCUGUUAG